AACCUCUCCUCCUAUUCAGGCCCUGCGAACACCCCAAAUGAACUAGCCCAAGCUGCAGUAAAAGUGAGCCUCUCUCUAGCCCUUCGGGCGUCGAAUGACCUAGCAAAGCUUCGAAGCCAAAGCAAGAGAGAGAAAGGGGCUUUAGAUGAUUGUGUACAGCAGAUGGGUGACUCGGUGGAUGAGCUGAGCAAGACGUUGUCUGAGCUGAAGCAUCUGCACAGGGGGACAUUCCAGUGGCAAAUGAACAAUGCUGAGACAUGGGUGAGUGCGGCCUUGACGAAUGAAGAAACUUGUCUUGAUGGGUUUAAGGAGGUUGGUGGGAAGGUCAGGUCUGAUGUGAACCAUAAGAUUACAAAUAUAGCCAGAGUUACCAGCAACGCCCUGUAUCUUAUCAAUCGUCUCGAUCAGGCCCGAGGGAAGAAGGCUCCUUGA